AUGGCCGCGAUUCUCCCGACGGCCUGGGCUCAGUGGCUGGCGGCUUUGCUAGAAGCUGCGGUACCCAGGGCCCGGGCCGCGCUUGGCACACAAAGGCCGGCGCUGACCGGGCGCAGCUGGUCGCGAGGUUUCCCGCUUCGCAGCCACCCAGGUGGCGCCGCCCACUGCCCCGCGCGGGGUCGCGCCGGCCGCGUCCGGGACCCUCGGCGGCACAGGGCCGGGAGCCAAGCUGGGGCGAACUCGCGGCGAGGAGCGGAGGGACAAUGCUCUGAUGAUCCCGGAGGGAGGGACGAGGGGGAGGAGGAGCAGGAGGCCGUUCUCCUCGCGCCUACCAAUUUUAUCGGGUUGAAGUUUCCUCUGGUGUCCCUCCCCCUUGCGUGCCGAGCAGGGCUUUGCGUGCGCGGCUUCUGGAAAGUCUUGGGCUCUGGUCAUAUCCUUGGGCGCUUCUCACGGCACCUGCCACGCCGAGGCGGCGGGGGCGGGGGCGGCGGCUCAGGGCAGCGUGCCGGCCGCCACCACCCACCGCGGCGCACGCACGGCCGCACCCCGGCUGGCCAGCGAGGCGGACGCCCUGACCACCCUAUCGGGGGCGGAUCUGGGCGCUGUGAACUCGAGAUGGGGACGCUUCCUUCGAAGGGAGGAAGCCGGAGGUGCUCGCGGCCCGGUAGCUUCCCCGGCCGGCUGCGCCCUUCCUUACAGGCUGGUACAAAGCAUUUGCAAGCUCCUGGGGAGCAAAGGCCUUCUCCGCAAGGCAGGAGAAAGGAAGUGAGGACUCUGAGGAUCACAAAGAAGAAAUAGUGUGGUCACCUUUUGCAAUAAAAUUGGAUGAGGGAGGCCUGUGGACUAUGCCUCAUAACUGACCUGGAAAUAAGUGGUUAAAUUUUGAAGAAGC